CGGGCGCGCGGCACGCCCGGCAGUCCCAGCGGGCACACUGGCAGCGUCCGCACGCCCAGUAGUGUGCACGCGUUGCCAGUACCUCGCGGUUAAGUCCCGCUCUACAGCAGUCAUGCGCGUAGGUGUGCACAGUGCACGUCAACACCACAGCAGCGUCCAUCUAGCCAGUCCGCGUACACCGCAACGCAUCACACGCCCAGCAGCGUGUCCUGCGACGCCCGUACGCAUGCCAGUAGCGUUCUACGCACACUGGCCAGUCGCCACGCACGCCAGCACGCCCAGCAGC